GCUGGUGCUAGGCUGAGAGCUUAGGGGGAGGUGCGGGCGGUCAGGAGGGACAGGUCUGGGCAGCGCUCGGGGGGACACAGCACCAGGGCCACUCAUUCAAGCGGCCGGACUUGAGGUCGUCCUUCUCUGCAUCCUUCUGUCUGACCGCCCUAGCUGCGGCUUCUGCUCUCUCGCACCCCGAGCUGACCAAGCAGACGUCCUGGCGUCCGAUCUCACCAUGCCCAGUUUGUGGGACCGUUUCUCUUCCUCGUCCUCCUCCUCGCCUUCGUCGUCGUCCGGAACUCCCACCCCGGGCCGGCCGCCGCGCUCAGCCUGGGGGUCGGCGGCCCGAGAGGACGGGCUGGACCGCUGUGCCAGCCUCGAGAGUUCGGACUGCGAGUCCCUGGACAGCAGCAACAGUGGUUGCGGGCCUGAGGAAGACUCGGCCUACCUGGAUGGCGAGUCCCUGCCCGACUUGGAGCUGCUCAGCGACCCCGAGGAUGAGCACCUGUGCGCCAGCCUGAUGCAGCUGCUGCAGGAGAGCCUGUCCCAGGCGCGGCUGGGCUCGCGGCGGCCCGCGCGCCUGCUGAUGCCCGGCCAGCUGGUGAGCCAGGUGGGCAAGGAGCUGCUGCGCCUGGCCUACAGCGAGCCGUGCGGGCUGCGGGGGGCGCUGCUGGACGUGUGCGUGGAGCAGGGCAAGACCUGUCACAGCGUGGGCCAGCUGGCCCUGGACCCCAGCCUGGUGCCCACCUUCCAGUUGACCCUGGUGCUGCGCCUGGACUCGCGCCUCUGGCCCAAGAUCCAGGGGCUGUUCAGCUCGGCCAACGCUCCCUUCGUCCCCGGCUUCAGCCAGUCCCUGACGCUGAGCACGGGCUUCCGGGUCAUCAAGAAGAAGCUCUACAGCUCGGAGCAGCUGCUCAUCGAGGAGUGUUGAGCUCCUUGGCCCCUGCCCCCCGGAGGGGUGGGGCAGGCUGAGAGGACUGAGACUUGAGGGGGGUCUGCCUCGGGCCCGGACCCCGAGGACAGGACGGCGGCGGUGGCCGCGGGGAGGCGGUGGCCGCGGGGAGGCGGUGGCCGCGGGGACCGAGCCCUUCUCCGGGGCAGCUCGCCGUUGUUUACCCGCGGCUCCCGGGUGGGGGCGCGCGCCCCUCAGUACUGUAAGCAUGAAACAAAGGCGGAGGGGGCCACCCGGGCUUCCGGCUGGAUUGUGUAUGUAGCAUGUACCGUGUUAUUUUCUCUUAUUACUGACAGUGACGGUGACAGUGGUGUGACAGAGCGGGGGGCGGGGGGAGGAGGGCAGCUGGGCUGCUGGCUGGCCUCUGCGAAGGGGUGGGGGAGGCGUGUGCGUGUAUGGGUGCUGACUGGGGCCCGCCGAGGGACGGGGAGCCAGCCAGUUUGUGUUUUCUCCUGGUCUGAGGGGACCCCACAGAGUGUGUCUGUCGUUGGUUUUUGUUCUGUCUGAUCGGAGCUCCACUACUGACCUGUUCCGGGCAGCUAUCUUACAGACGUGUGAAUGUAAGAGUAGUGUGGGUGUUGCCAUAGAAAAAAAAAUCUAUAUAUACUCCUGGGAGCUGCGUUCUGCCUGUCCCCCACCGACCUUGUACAGAAGAGCUGAGCUGGGAGGGGACCGGGCUGGGUGGGAGCGGGGGCUGGAACCCUUGCCCACUGGAAUGCCCCCCUCCAGGUCUUCCAUCUAGAACUGUCUACGUGAAGAUACUCACUGUUAUGAAUACACUUGAUGUUCAAGUAUUAAGACCUAUGCAAUAUUUUUUACUUUUCUAAUAAACAUGUUUGUUAAACGA